AUGAAACUCGUCCGGUAUGUGAUAAUCUUUCUUGUGCGCGGCAAUCACCCGCUCCGCUCGACGCACCAAGCACCAUUAAACGCACCCCUGCUGACAUGUAAUGAUCCUUAUAGCUUUUUGAUGAAAUGCGCCAAUGAGACGGUGACCGUUGAGCUGAAGAAUGGCACAAUCCUUCACGGCACUAUUGUGUCUGUCUCCCCUCAGAUGAACACUUCUCUCCGGGCUGUCAAGAUGACCCCCAAGGGCCGUGACCCCGUUUCUCUCGACACCAUCAACAUCCGCGGUUCCACGAUUCGCUAUUACAUUCUCCCCGACAGCCUUCCCCUUGAUACCCUCCUCGUUGACGAUGCACCCAAGCCGAAGAACAAGGCGCGCAAGGAGACAGACCGUGGUCGCGGUGGUGGCCGUGGCGGACCACGAGGCCGUGGAGGGCGCGGAGGCCCCCGCGGUCGUGGUCGUGGACGUGGAUUCUAG